GCACGCGGCCGGUGCUCAGUAUGGUUGUGGGGCGCGGAGUGAACGCACCGCUCCUGCCCACGUGACUCUUGGUCCUCGACUUUGCUACGACGACGUCGACGACGACAACAUCGAGAGACGAGUAGGAAGACAAGUUCAGCUCGAGAGACAAAGAGACAUUUUUUGACACUAGCUCGCAAAUGAUGAACUCGUACUUCGAACAGGGCUCCUUCUACGGAGCCCAGGGCUCCGAACAGCCGUACCGCUUCCCGCUCAGCCUGGGCAUGUCACCGUACGCCCAGCACCACCACCAGUCCCGGCCGCAGGACUCGCCGUACGACGCGUCCGCGGCCGCUGCUGCAGCUGCUGCCGUCGCUUCGUGCAAGCUUUACUCCUCGCAGAUGCAAUCCGCGGCCGAAACGGCCUAUAAGUCGGCCGCGGACGCAAAGACUUCCUCAAACUCCUCUUCCGACCAGCAGAAUGGCUACGUGGCCGCCUUGGCCGCCGCCACGGCCACCUCCAAGUCUGAUAUCGCGGCCUGGCCGACGGCCUCCGGAGUGCCCGUGAGGCCUGCCGCGUGCACUCCUGACAGAUACUCCUCGGGGGCCGGAGGCGCCAACGGCCUCUCCGACCACCCCGCGGUCACCACCAGUCCCGGUGCCCACCGGCCGCUCAAUUGGAACAACUGCUCGCUCAACACCUCGGCGGCCGCCGUCAGUCAGCAGGCCUCGCAGCUUCAGCAGUCCUCCAACCACACGUUCUACCCCUGGAUGGCGAUUGCAGGUACAGGUGCAAAUGGCCUUCGCAGGAGAGGCAGGCAAACAUACACGCGAUAUCAGACUCUCGAACUCGAAAAAGAGUUCCACACAAACCAUUACCUGACAAGGCGGAGGAGGAUAGAGAUGGCUCAUGCGUUGUGUUUGACAGAACGGCAGAUAAAAAUUUGGUUCCAAAACCGACGCAUGAAACUAAAAAAGGAGAUUCAAGCCAUUAAAGAGCUCAAUGAGCAGGAGAAGCAGGCACAAGCGCAGAAAGCCGCUGCAGCAGCCGCGGCUGCCCAAGCGCAACAUGCAGGAGGUGACGGGGGCCAUAACUAGGGCACACCGCCCCUGGCACCUUCUUCCCAGGGUCCCGGGGCGCCUUUGCACCACCACAACAGUAUGAUUCCCUCCUGCUGGAGUCAAGAAAACCAAAGAUAUCACGGAGCGAUGCUGCACCACAAAUACGAUCACUCUUCAUCCGUACUGCCACGUAACGUAUACGACGACGUCAAACCAAUCAUCUCGGAGGAGCCGCAGCAUAGCACUCCGCUCAUUGAGUAGGACACUAAAUGUCAGUGCGCAGAAUCUUUCGGACAGUUUGACGACUGCCGUGCGAGUUCUCAUUGAAUAUUCACGUCAUCGGUUGUGCCAAUUUAUGUUUAAGUUUUGUUGUUUCCCAAGCGGACACGUGAGACGAUCGUGCACUCUUCUUUCUUCGACAGACAGCCUGAGUUGUUCAAAACGUGUGCGUUUUUUGUGAAUAUAUUAUGCAUUAUUGUAAACAUUACAUACGUACGAUAUUAAAAUGAAUACUCUUGCUACGAUGAUGCUGAACACACGAGGAUUUAAUACCAUUAUAUUGAUAAAAAAAGUAUCCAAUGAAUAAGCCGAGCCUAACAAAAGUGCAAAGACAUCACUCGAGAUACGUAACUGCUGCAUUAAUUACAUACGGAAGGAGGACACACGACGAAAGUAUAUAAUUUGAGUGUACAGAGCUGAAUUCAAUAGGUGUUGUUGUUAAAUGGGUGUGUACAUUAAAUAAGCGAAAAGACACGUUGCAUAAAACUAGCGAAGGAGAGACGAGUGCGAAAUUAUUAUGUAUUUAUUCCUAAAAGUACCGCAAAAGCAGUAUCGCGACAAAAUGUGAAAUCCAUGUUGUAGUGCUUUUCAAAAAAGAUUCGUUCGAGUUUUGCCUGAAGUAAAGCGCGUUUAAGUAAUUAAAGAAGUCAACACAUUGUGUCUCACCUUAGGAAGUAGCAAUCAAUAAUACAAAAAUAAUCAAUUAUAGUGCCAGACUAGUGGUGAAUUAUUUGUUUGUAAAUAAUUAUACGAAAAACAUCGUGAAUGAGGUUUUCGUACUGUGGAUGCAAAAGUCUUAAUACUCUGUAGAGAUAGCGACGGGAGGCAAAAUGCAACUUGAAAUUCGUACUUGAGAUAAUUACAUUGUAAGGGAAGAUUGUGAAUUUUUUAAGAUCGCACGCCUCACACUAAUCACAGCAGUUCAAUCAGACCUUGGCGAACACACAAAUGACAAAAAUGUCCGUUGCUUUAUCCUUUUUCUCUCUACACCUAUUCACUCUCUCGAUUCAUUUUUAAGAGGUCUGAUUCAACCUGAUAUUAACCCCAUUAAAAGUUUCUGCAUGUAGAAUAAACAUCAAUGUAUACGAGGGAUCAUUCCUCAGUGACCGCAAUUCACGUUUAUAUUCAGGUUUUACAUAUACGUAACUCACACCUCUGCUGCGCCACGUGUCAUAAUAUAUGGUAAUUUUUGUAACGAAACCAGCAGGGCCUGAUCUUUUACUCCUCGUUUGUGCUUAAGAGCUAACCAGAGUGCAGUUACUGAGGGAUUCGAUUGCAAACACUAAAAGUAUGCCAAACUGUUAAAAGACUCGUCUACUGUGUACAAUUACGAUAUAAUUAUAUACGUACAAUUAAUUAGUUUUGAUACACACACACACACGCCACAACUGCUGAGCACACAAACACACAGCUCCCUUAUUAUUUCCAACGCUGCUGCUGCUGCUAUAUUUGUUUUAGUAAAUGGAAAACGUGCAAAUUGUGAAGGUUUCUUGAUUUGCAAGAGCAACAAUUGUAUACAAAUCUAAUCUAAUCAGCUUUUGAUUCUUGAGUCAAUGUUAUAAAAAAAAUUGUGUACAUCUCGUGUUAUAAUUAUGCUAUAUUGAUUACGAAUAAUAUGAUUACUGUAUAUGAUUAUAUUGUAUGCGCCUCUUGGAAUUUUGACGCAAUGCUUUUGCUAAACUCUCGUCUUUGAUAAAACGAACACGUGCCGGAUCAAAAUCUUUUAAGUGCCAUACAUCGUUGGAAAGAACGCAUUUAAAAUGCCGCUGAAUUCUUGCCUGAUUAUUAUUUUUCCGCAAAGGAAGAGGAGACUGACUCACACACAUAAACACAAAAUUUUAAGUGGAUCUGUUCUGAAAUCACGCAACGCACUUUUUGAAUCAAAAUUCCAGAGGCGAGUGUUUCGAAAAACACACCCAGUUCGCCACACAGGGAGACGUUCAGGGCGGGAGAUUUUGAAUGAUUAAGUCUCACAUAUUGAUUGUAAAAGCGGAUUUAUUGAUUACUUAACUCUAAUAUUGGCAUAAUUGCUAUGUAUAAUAAAUUAUAUUGGUGGUCUCAAACGCAUUCUCUCUUUACACUCAAGCUGAUGUAAUGUCAUCUCUCUAUAUUCACGCAAUUAGGAGAAAAAUACCGUUCGAAAACACUAAAAAAAGAAUCUGUACCGUCUAUCAAAUUAAAAUAAUAGCGACAUGUUCGAUAAUAUUUGAUUGUAAUUUAUUUUAAAAUAAAACCAUCCAUAGAAAAUUAAA